AGGAAGCUUAAGAGAGUUAGAAAGUAAACAAUGUGUCGAGAUACGGAUAAUGUAGAAAAUAGCGUGUUUGUAUAGAUUUCAGUUACAAAAUCAUCUCGUAGUGUUGUAACCAGUUUGUGCCGUCACAUUGUCAGGAAGCCAUGAGCAUCGGCUCCGUGUGCAGCCCUCCGCCCUCCUCCGCCUUAUUCCACAUGUUCAGCAUGUUGGAGUCGGCUGCAGAGCAGAUGAUGGUGCACAGAGACUUCCAGGCAGCCUUUGACACUUGCGAGCGUGGCUUGGAGAGUCUGAACAACAUGGAGCAGGAAGAGAGCAGGUGCGCGGAAAUUAAAGCAGGUUUCUGCAUAGUAGGAAUUCAAGCACUGGCUGAACUGAACCAGUGGCCCCGUGUCCUCCCUUGGGUCCUUAAACUAUACGAACACCAGGAAAAGAUACCUGCUAAGAUACUGCAGAUGUGCAUAAUCCUUUAUUCUAAGGUGGGUGAACCUGCUGUGAUGCAAGAGGCAGCCAGAGCGUGGCUACACUGCCCGUCCAACAGCAGAGCUUCAGGCUUCAGAACCGUGGCUGAGCUCUACCUGUUGCAUGUCCUCGUUCCUCUCGGACACUCGGAGGCAGCUCGGGAGUUUAUUGUUGGUGAUGCUGGAAGCGGGGUGUUCACGGAGCACCAGAGACAGACCGCUUUGGAGGUGGUGGAAGCAAGAGAUCGAGAGAAUCGAGAACCUGCCCCGAAUCCUGAUUCUACACUGGACACUGAGAUCUCUGCACGAACCGUUUCCUCACAAGGUGCUGUAGUCCAUAAACUGGAGGCCAUGCUCAGGUUUCUAUACAGAAGACUCUUGACCAGCUCGUUCCCCCUCAGAAGAGUCUUUCUGCUCUCUGUGCUUCUCUACAUGCUGUUUCUUCGAAUGGAUCCAGCUCUCCCAUCUUCCUUCAUGUGGAUUUCCAAGCUUCUGCAGCUGCUGAAACAGAUGUGGAGGACUAUGUUUGCACCGUACUAUCAGACUCCAACUUAGAGCAAGGACAGGCACCACGGGUUUUGACGUGAACCACGUAGCUGCUUUAUACAGCUUCAUCAUUCCUCCUCCAGUAACCCCUGUACAUGUAAUAUUUGAUGUUUGGAGAGUGAGAAACCCAGAACUGAUGAACUGAUUUUAUGGCCUGUGAGUCUUUAGAAGCUCCUCAGAAAGUGCAAAUGUACUGAAUAAUGCAAUAUACUGGACCAAAUUUACACUUUCAGACAAUAAGUAGCGCAGCAAUCAGUGAAGAGGUGGUACGAAUUAAUUAUUAAAUACCCAACUACAAA